AUGUCUAGACAUAAUCUCAUCUUUACCUUCAUCAUCACCGUAGCCUCACUUAUCAUCCGUGUCGGACUCAUCUCUAUAUUCACAGCAAUCGUCACAACCGUCAUGGUGGCCAUGGUGCUUCUCCGAGAUAUCAUAUUAGGGGUCAGAAUCAUCCAACAGAUCCGGUUAUGCCUUCAGAUUCAACGUCUCCCAGUGCGAUUCACUCUUGAUAUUGGAAUCAAGCAGAUGCUCUUUUUUCCAGCGCUAGUGCCUUUCUCUGAAUUAUGUCCUGAGUGGCGAACCUAA